AUGUUUCCUACUUCCUUCCACAUAAAUCAGGAUACACUUGAAGGAAGCAGUUUUUCAGAUUCUUCAUUGAGAAAACCUGAGUUUUCAUUAAGAAUUGUAGUAUGUGACCAUUACCUUACUAAACCAAUACCUAGUGUUGAUGUUAUAUACUCUGAGUUUAGAGGAUCGGAUAUAAAACAGGUUCCUGUAUUAAGAGUAUUUGGACCAACACCUGAUGGUAGAAAGGCAUGUCUCCAUAUACAUGGAGUGUUUCCUUACUUCUACCUACCAUGCCCCACAUCAAACCCAGAACCUCAGUUUUUGUACCAAAUUGCAGCAAGUCUAGACAAAGCUAUAAAUAUUGCAUUAAAACAAGCAUCGUCUAUAAACCAACAUGUAUAUAAAAUAUCAUUAGUUAAAGGAUUGCCGUUCUAUGGAUUUCAUGAUAAAGAACAUUUAUAUUUGAAAAUAUUCCUGUACAACCCAGAUGAUACAAUAGUGGAUGAAGAUAUUGCUUUAAACAGCAGUUUCUCUUUACAGUACAGUCAAGUUUUACUGGACACUGAAGACCUGGAGUUGGUAGGUAUGCUUCAAGAUAUGGAUGCUAAACCAAUAGAUGAGGAUAGUGUUAUGGGUACCCCAGCUGAAAGUGAAGAAAUCUCGUCCGAUGUUGAGCUUGAUAAGGAAUAUUCACAAAUAUUUGAUAAUGACGCUAUUUACUUAGAUCCAGAAAAAUGUGACAAUGAUACAAAUGAAUGUACUUCUUCUUGGAAUGAUUCUUUUUGGGAUGGGGCUAGCAUUCCGCAAUUAGAUGGAACAUGUGAUGACGAACACAUAAAAAAGAAUAGGAAAAGAAAAAUAAGAGCUUUCAAACUAGGACUCUCUAAACCAAAAAACAAAAAAGAUGUCAAGGCAAAUGCUUCGAAUAAAUGUACAAAAACAUUACAAUCUGAGAUGGACAUUAAUGAAAUAGAAAACAGUGAUUCGAGUGGAGAUAGUUCUAUGAGCAUUAAAAAGUGCACCUUGGGCGGCUAUCUGAUGACA